AUGUCAGAUGGAGACGUUUUUGAUAUACAAGAAGAAGUCAAAGGUAGUCCGUGGAAUCCAGCAAUAGAAGCUGAGCAAGACAACCAGAGUGGAACAGACCACAAGGGCGAAGACAAAACGGACUCUAUAGAUAUACCAGGAGAAGCCGCAGGUAAGAAAAAUUUUACCUCAAGUUUUAAAUAUUACGUCUAGUCAAGCUAAAACAAAAAGGAAGAUUCAUCACGUUUACAGUGCGACAACUGUAAGUGGGGCUACCUAGAUAAAGUUGACCAAUCGGAUUGCACAAAAAUAACUAUACAUUCUGAGAAAGUUGGAACUAAAUCAGUAAACAGCAUUACAGUGCUGUAUAGCCUGCGAGAGCAGACGCCUUUUUCAGCCAUUCAUCCGCAGAGUAAAGUCAGUGUCUGCGAUCCCGAGCUCAGCGGGGCAAAAAUUUCUGUGACAUCCUUUUGUUCCAACACAAUUGAGUGAUAGAAAGAUGCGAUUUGUAACUUAUUUAAAAUAAUAAAAUAAUAAAUAAUUUAUUUAAAACAUUUGAUUACAACUAAAAUCAAAUUUUUAGCUUCAAGUAACUAAUUGUUUUAUUACGAGUUGCUGAUUAGCCCACAAACAAGUUUCUUGGAAUAUAUUGUUAAUUUCCCUUAACCCAAUCGGUAAUUUAUUUCUAGGUAGCCCUGGUCACGGUAGUCGCACUCCAAUUUUGAAAUGUAUGAAAAUAUUAAUGACAGAUAGCAAAGGGUGAAAGGAAAAUGAAUGAGACCAUGCAACUGCCUUUACUUGCAUCAAUUUCAUGUAAGCGUAUUUUUUCAGUUUUGUUUCAUACAAAAAGCGCCUGGUUCGUAAUUACCGGGUCCCUUGACGGUCGGCUUAUGAAGCUUUUUUUUGAUGAGUCAAGCAACCAAAUCGAAGUAUCUGAUAUUUUAUUAAUAUCAUUCAUUUGCAAAUGAGAAGUUAGUGAAUUGUUAAAGAGUCGUUAAAGUAAUUAUAUUUUUCUGUUUACUUAGGUAAGGUUCCUGAACUAGCCGAGCCCGGCAGAAAAGCAACAUCAUUCCUGAAUAUGUUGAAGAAAAACAAGUACAUAAAUGCUAAACUGAAAAAUAUUAAUAUUUACUCCGAUAAAGAAACAGAAAGUCCACAGGCCCACUUGGAGAGGAAAAGAAGGCGUUUUUGGAACGAGGAGGCGGAACAACUGGCCAAGUGUCCAAAAACGUCUCACGGCAAUAAAACAACCAUAGCUGGAAUAAUGGACGUGUCCUGGACGAUGAAGAAAACUUCGUUAAUUGAAACAGAGGCCCGAAAGCUGUUAGACGAUGAGAGGGAGCUGCGUUUCAAUGAAGACCCGACCGGUGCGAGCAAACUUGGGCAGCAGAAGAAGGAAACGCUGGGCAAAAACCUGGAACGCAUGACUGCUGCCCACUUGGCACUAGAAGGCCAUGAUGCCAAAGUAGAAAAAUUAAAGAGAGGAAAUAAAAGCUCUGCUCUGAAACGCGAGAAGGCCUUGAUGGAGGGAGCUUAUACUGAGCUCAAGAAAGCUCAGGAGGCGGCUGUCAAAUCCAUCAAGGUCAAGCGACAGCAAGUGGAGAUGCGCCUAUCUUCGAAAAUGCUGGAUGCAGGGGAUGAGGAUGAGGCUCUCGAGUGA